CCACAAGGCUGAAAAUCCCCCGACUGCACGACCUAUGCGCAUCCACGGGGGGAGGGGGAUACGCAUGCGCAUAUGGACGGUGCCCAAGGUUUAGGUGCAGGGGCCGUUGAGGCUCUCUCGGAGGGAGCUGUUCCUGUACAGGAGCCUGGCCCACGUGAUGCUGAGGCGCGGGUGCCUUGUUUGAAUCCGCGGCGCAGAGAGGCGGGCGCGCGCCGGGUGCUGGGAGGAAGCGCGCGCCGAGCAGGAUGCUGGGUUCAUGUGGCAUGCGACAAUGUCACCAAGAGGUGCUAAAGAAGAACCGGGUGUCACUGGCAAAGCAGCUGGUGUUGAAGGAGUUGCUGGAGCAUCUGAUAGAGAAAGACAUUAUCACCAUAGAAAUGAUGGAAACUAUACAGGCCAAGGCUGGGAGCUUCAGCCAAAAUGUAGAGUUACUGAAUCUGCUGCCCAAGAGGGGCCCCACAGCCUUCUCAGCCUUCUGUGAAGCUCUGCGAGAAACCAAACAGCAGCACCUGGAGGAAAUGCUCUUGAACGCCAUACCCAGCCUGAGCAAUGGGAUUGCAAGGCUGGGCCAAGAUUAUGAGCCAAGUUUCCCAUUCCCAGUUCGUGAAUCCUGCCUCUCACCAAAGAGACCACGCCAGGUUGGUGAGCUGAUGGAGCACUCCUUGGAUAAUGGAGAUGGUCCUCCUUACAUUCUGGUGAAGCCAUGCACCCCAGAAUUCUAUCAUGCUCACCAGCACUUGGCUUAUAAGUUGAUAUCCCAGCCCCGAGGCCUGGCUCUCGUGCUAAGCAACAUGCAUUUCAGCAGUGAGAAGGACUUGGAGUUCCGUUCAGGUGGAGAUGUGGAUUACGCUGCUCUGGAGAUGCUCUUCAAGCACCUUGGCUACAGGGUGACUGUCCUGCAUGAUCAAACUGCGCAGGAGAUGCAGAAGGCAUUGCAGAUGUUCUCUCAGCUGCCAGCUCACCGAGAUGUGGAUUCCUGCAUUGUGGCUCUGCUCUCGCAUGGCAUCGAGGGUGGGAUUUAUGGAGUUGAUGGCAAGUUACUGCAGUUGCAGGAGAUUUUCACACUCUUUGAUAAUGCAAACUGCCCAAGUCUCCAGAACAAGCCUAAAAUGUUCUUCAUUCAGGCCUGUCGUGGAGAUGAGACGGACCAGGGAGUGGAUCAGAGGGAUGGGAAAGAGCGCUCUGAUUCUCCAGGCUGCGAGGAGAGUGAUGCCAACAAAGAGGAGAAUCCCAGGCUGCGUUUGCCCACACGUUCGGACAUGAUCUGUGGCUAUGCCUCUCUGAAAGGCACAGCUGCCAUGCGAAAUACCAAGCGUGGAUCCUGGUAUAUUGAGGCUCUCACUUCUGUGUUUGCCGAGGAUUCUCAAAACAUGCAUGUGGCUGAUAUGUUGGUGAAGGUGAAUAGACUAAUCAAGCAGCGAGAAGGCUAUGCCCCUGGCACAGAGUUCCACCGAUGUAAGGAGAUGUCAGAGUACUGUAGCACACUCUGCCAAGACCUUUACCUUUUCCCUGGCUAUGUUCCUAGGAACUAACACUGCUGUUCUUGCUCUGAUGGAUGUUCUGACAAAGCUUUAAUGUGGACAGCUAUACUUUUAUUGCUGUCAGUCUGGGCAUCUGACAGUGCAGCCCACAACAGGAAGUGCCCCUUCAAGAUUGAGUGCUCUUCCUGCUUGUGUGAAUCUCGCUAACUCCUCUCUGUCUGGGAGAAUCUUGCAACUGUUGGUGACCCCCAACUCAGUUCAAGGUUUAAAACUUUAAAGGUUCCACUGGCUUGUCUCACUUUUAGCUGCUGGGCCAGGGGGAAUCAGGGCUGCGAUGACAGCACAUUCUGAAUAAAAGAAAACCUGUGGACAUUGGUAGCCAGGAAUAUGAAAUCAGAAUCAGCCUUUCCUUUUUAAAUUUUGGAAAACUUGGGUCUGUUUCUAAAGAAAACAAGUUCUAUAUCGUUUUUAUAAAUUGCUGCUUAAUUUUUUUAUACCGUUUAACUUCUUAUGACUUUUUAAAAAGUUAUCUGCCUGGUUUCCCAAGCAGCAGGGUUUACAGC